UAGAGGAAGUUAGAGGAAGAGGACAAGGAGGAGCAAGAAGAGGACGAGGAGGGGAAAGAGGAAGGGUAAGAAGAGUAAGAAAUAGAAUAACUGAUGACAUCAGAGCUACAGUAGUGGACCAUGUCAUCAACCAUGGGAUGACCCUGAGGGAAGCUGGCCAACGCGUUCAGCCUAAUUUGAGCCGCUACACUGUGGCAAGCAUCAUUAGGACAUUUCGAAAUGAGAAUCGAAUUGCUAGACGUCCAGAUGUUGGGGGCAGAGGAAGAAUGUUCACUCCAGAGCAAGAGACCCAUAUAGUGAACAUGGUGAUUGCCAAUAAUGCAAUAAGACUGCGCGAAAUACAGCAGCGCAUAAUUGAUAAUGACACCAUCUUUCAAAAUAUACACAGUGUAAGCAUUUCUGCACUAAGUUGUGUACUUGCGCGCCACAGAAUAAGAAUGAAGCAAAUUUACAGAGUUCCUUUCGAGAGAAACACAGAACGUGUAAAGCAACUGCGAUAUGACUAUGUGCAGGUAAGCUAUAGUGUCAUUGGUUCUGAAUUUGGAAGUGCAUACUGUAGUGCUGUGCAUGGGCCUGAUGUGUUGCAUUUGUUUUGUCUUGUCCAGAGAGUGAUGGAACUAGAAGCAGAUGCCAUGGGACAUGAGCUACUUUUUGUAGAUGAGGCCGGUUUUAACCUCAGUAAAACCAGGAGACGUGGCAGGAACAUUAUUGGACACCGUGCCAUCAUCAAUGUCCCAGGACAACGUGGUGGUAACAUAACCAUGUGUGCAGCUAUAAGCCUAAAUGGUGUUGUUCACCAUCAUGCAACCAUAGGCCCAUACAACACUGCACAUAUUAUUGCAUUCCUGGACACCUUACAUGACAUGCUCACUGUUCAGAGACCAGAGCAUCCCCGAUAUGUCAUCAUAUGGGACAAUGUAAGUUUCCAUAGGGCUGCUUUGGUCCGCAACUGGUUUACGGACCACCCAUUCUUCAUGGCACUCAACCUCCCUCCAUACUCUCCAUUCUUAAAUCCCAUCGAGGAGUUCUUCUCUGCCUGGCGUUGGAAAGUGUACGACCGUCAUCCUCAUCAACAGGUAGCCCUUUUACAGGCAAUGGAGGAGGCAUGUGGAGAUAUUGAUCAGGCAUCAUGUCAAGCCUGGAUACGGCAUUCAAGGAGAUAUUUUCCCCGGUGCCUUGGACUGGAGGAUAUCGCAUGCGAUGUGGAUGAAAUUUUGUGGCCGGACCCAGAAAGACGACAUGAUGUAGACUGAUUGUC